AAACCUAAAAUACACUUCACUCUAGUUUCAUAAAUUCAAGUUUUGCAUGCAUGUAGAGAAAAUGGAGUCAAAGCCACCACCAUUAUUCAAACAAGCUCAGAGGGACGUCCGUGAGUCACUUGAAGUAUUCAACCCAUCAAGCAACGACGCCUCCGCCUCAUUCCGGUCACAACCCACCUGGCGGAGCUGGGCGGAGUCACCACCGAACAACCCCGAACCACCUCCGCCAGCGGAUCUCAAUGCCAACGUUGCCAUCUCUAUCUCUCACUCCGGUAAGCUGCCGGAUGAUGAGAUCAAGUCAUGGAUGGCCCUUAAAGAUCCUAAGGCGCCUUCGUUUGCUCUGAGCUCAACAUCGGCGACGGUGGCCCCACCGUCGCCGAUGGGCGCAGCUGAGCAAAGAGCGGCCGAGUGGGGGUUGGUUCUGAAAAAAGACGCUGAGACCGGGAAACCACAGGGGGUUCAAGUAAGAACCUCCGGCGAGGAUGCUAAUGCAAAACCGAGUUCAAAUCGGAGGGAUUCGGGUACCUCGGUGCAGAGUUCUAGUGAUAUAUCAGAUGAUGGAUCAGGUAAUGAAAGAGCCCUAAGAGUAUCGGAGGACUUGAAGGACGCAUUGUCGACAUUUCAACAAACGUUUGUGGUUUCGGAUGCCACAAAACCGGACUAUCCGAUUUUGUAUGCAAGUGCCGGCUUCUUCAAGAUGACCGGUUAUACUUCUAAAGAAGUAAUAGGUAGAAAUUGCCGGUUCCUACAAGGCGCAGACACGAACCCAGAAGACGUCGCUAAAAUCAGGGAAGUGUUGCAAAAGGGUACGACAUAUUGUGGCAGGCUCCUCAACUACAAGAAAGAUGGAUCCCCCUUUUGGAACCUUCUCACUGUUUCCCCCAUCAAAGAUGAAUCUGGCAACAUCCUCAAAUUCAUUGGAAUGCAAGUGGAGGUUAGCAAGCACACAGAGGGCACGAAAGAAAAGAUGCUUCGGCCUAAUGGAUUGCCUGAAUCUUUGAUUCGAUAUGAUGCCCGGCAAAAAGACAUGGCGACUAGUUCAGUGACCGAGUUGGUGGAUGCUGUGAAACGGCCUAGAUCACUCAGUGAGUCCACCAAUCAACACCCUUUCGCGACGGAAUCAAAAUACAAUAGCGACAACAAAAAAUCUAGUGUGUUAAAUUUAGGCCGCCGAAAAUCUGCCGAAACUAUAACACCUCCACCGCCGCCACCACCACGUCCAAGACGGAAUUCGCAUCCAGGUGUCCGAUCCAUAACAACCAUGCAGCCGAUCAACGAACUCCCUGAAAAGAAGCAGAAAAAAUCAAAACGACUUUCUUUUAUGGGGAUUAAGAAGAAAAACCGAAAAAGUAGUGAAGAAUUUGAUGAUGGAUUCGAGGGUGAAGUUAACAUUGUGGAUACGGAUGGUGAGGUUGAUGAUGAAGACGAUUUUGAGCUGAAAAAGGACGAUUCGAGGCCAGAAAGUUUAGAUGACAAAGUGCGAAAGAAGGAGAUGAGAAAGGGUAUUGAUUUAGCGACAACUCUUGAACGUAUCGAGAAAAACUUCGUCAUCACUGACCCACGACUUCCCGACAAUCCCAUUAUUUUUGCAUCUGAUAGCUUCUUAGAGUUGACGGAGUAUAGCCGCGAAGAGAUCCUGGGAAGAAAUUGCAGGUUUCUUCAAGGGCCUGAAACUGAUCGAUCAACUGUGCAAAAAAUUAGAGAGGCAAUUGAUAACCAAACAGAGGUUACCGUACAGCUCAUCAAUUAUACGAAAAGCGGUAAAAAAUUUUGGAACCUAUUUCAUUUGCAACCUAUGCGUGAUCAAAAGGGAGAAGUACAAUACUUCAUUGGAGUGCAAUUAGAUGGAAGUCAACAUGUUGAGCCACUUCACAAUUGUAUCCCUGAAACUACUGUUAAAGAUGGUUCAGUUCUGGUGAAAGAGACUGCGGAAAACAUUGAUGUAGCAGUACGAGAACUCCCAGAUGCUAAUAUGACCCCGGAUGAUCUAUGGGCAAAACACUCGAAUAUAGUACACCCAAAGCCUCAUAGAAGAGAUACAUCAGCAUGGAAGGCUAUUUUAAAGGUUAUCGAGAGUGGUGAAAAGUUAGGAUUGAAGCAUUUUAGGCCCAUAAAGCCUCUUGGGUCUGGCGAUACGGGAAGUGUUCAUCUGGUCGAGUUAUGUGGAACUGGUGAAUUUUUCGCGAUGAAAGCAAUGGAUAAAGGUGUCAUGAUUAACCGUAACAAGGUGCAUAGAGCCUGUGCAGAAAGAGAGAUCUUAGAUGUCUUAGACCAUCCUUUUCUUCCAGCGUUAUACGCUUCAUUUCAGACGCCAACUCAUGUUUGUUUAAUCACUGAUUACUGUCCUGGCGGAGAGCUUUUUAUGCUUUUAGACCGACAAACAAUGAAGGUCUUGAAGGAAGAUGCUGUAAGAUUCUAUGCUGCUGAGGUGCUCGUGGCAUUAGAGUAUCUCCAUUGUCAAGGUAUUAUAUACAGAGAUCUGAAGCCAGAAAAUGUACUGAUACAAAGCACUGGACAUGUAGCUUUGACAGAUUUUGAUCUUUCUUGCUUGACAUCCUGCAAACCUCAGCUUUUGACUAGUGAAAUCAGUGAAAAGAAGAAGAAGCAUCGAAAAAAUCAACAGACUCCGGUUUUCAUGGCCGAACCAGUUCGGGCUUCGAAUUCCUUUGUUGGAACAGAAGAGUAUAUCGCUCCGGAGAUUAUAAGUGGAGUUGGGCAUUCUAGUGCAGUAGAUUGGUGGGCUUUUGGUAUUCUUCUAUACGAAAUGUUUUAUGGGUACACGCCGUUUAGAGGAAAGACGAGGCAAAGAACAUUUGCGAACAUUCUUCAUAAGGAUCUGAAGUUUCCUAAUAGCAUCGCGGUAAGCCUUUCAGCCAAACAGUUGAUCUAUAGAUUGUUGCAUAGAGAUCCAAAGGAUCGUUUGGGCUCACGCGAAGGCGCAAGUGAAGUGAAACGACAUCCAUUUUUCCGGGGUCUUAACUGGGCUUUAGUUCGUUGUGAGAACCCUCCUAAGCUGGAGACUCCUGUGUUUGGGGAGAAUGAAGAUGAAAAGGUCAAAGCAGUUGACCCUGGACUUAAAGAUUUGGAGAAUAAUGUGUUCUGA